AUGAGCUCUUUGUCCGGCCGAGCGAAUUUUACUCUUCGCGUCGACACCAGUGCAGUUCACGAUGGCAGUCCUACUGAGAUUCCUAGGUCACCACUAGGUCAACUCACUGGGCGACCCAGGGCCUCGUCAAAAGUCUCUUCACCAUCUCUUCGAUUACCGCCGUCCCCAAUCAAAGAGAAAUCACCUACAUCUCCGUCUCACCUAGCAGCCGUCUUUGCAUCCCAGCCCGCAAACAGGGCUCGAGACGAAUCCCAAAAGCUGCUUGCGCACCUUCUAGGACAACUCCGUAAUCGGCCGAGGCCGCCUUCGAUCUUUGAAGUUGCCUCUCAUCUUGAUUUUAGGAGGCACGUCAGAGGCAUUGCGAUCAUGAGAGGCGUGGCUGUGCUCACCGGCACUAAACGCUCGCAGUCCAUCUCGAUAUCCUCUCCGACUCGCCCUGAGAGUGACAGUGAGGACGAAUUAGAAGCUGAAUUUACAACGGACGUUACCUAUGAUCUCAUGAACCAGCUGAAGGAAAUUCUUUCGAUAUCACUCGCGCAACAAUGGCAGAUAUUCUACGAGAGUCCGUCGAUGCGCCGACCAUCCGGUCGACAAAACUCGAACUCAAAGUCUUCAAGCUCCCCGUUCCGUAGACGUCGACGAAGCCUCCAGUCUCCCGGCCGAAAUUCGAGAUCACUAUCACCUGAAGACGAGCAUCAGGCUCCUGAACUGCUUUCUCAAUGUAUAUCCAUUCUUAACUCUGUCAUUUCGGAAGACUGCAGAUACCAGAUUUCAUCGCCCCGACUUCUACGUCCUCCAAAUGCUCUGCAAGCUGUGUCUCUGGACGUCACUCAGUUACUUAUACAUAUGCAUACUGACUCUCCAAAGGUGUUGAGCCAAAUUGGAUUUGCAAUCCUUCCUGCUUUUUCCACCUACAGAAACGAAAUGCAUGGACGGCUUCUGAGAUUUUUCGAGGAAGGUGUAUUACGAGGUAUGCUCGCUCAAGCAAGGCAAUUGCAAGGUUUUGGGGAUAUGUCGUCGGCUGAGAAAAAAGGAGAAUACCCUGACGUUAGCGUCGAGCCCACCACGCCUCCAAUAGUGUCCAUUCAAGUUGAAGAAGCUCACGACGAUAGCUUUUCUGUAACGCACCUGCCUGCUGGUUGGCGACCCUGGUUGUCGUCAAUUCCUACUGCUGACUAUCGCAUAUCAUCGAGCAACGCCCCAGGACAAGCCAUAUCUCUCUAUCAUCUGAAAUCGAUCACGCCUCCAUUAUUGGCUGCGAUCACGGAAGGAAUUGACCUUGCCUCUGCAUCGCUGUCAACGCUACAUCGCUUCUACCGGCUCUUCCAGAUGAUAAUUGAUCAAAAGCCGGACGCAUAUCUAGACAUCCUUGACAUUGUAGCCUACCACACCCCAAGAGCAAGGCGGGCUGCUCUCAGCCUUCUGAUCUCUUUUUGGCCGAAAGCUCUAGGUCACUACACCGUUAGCAAGCCCCUCUCUUUACUCUCGUACAACGAAGUCACUCUAGAAGUGGAUGGCACGACACACCAUAUAUGGGAUCAUCCGUACGCCCAUCAAUUCGUACCGUGGAGAUUCAUAGAACCAUCUAUUCCUGCUAUCUUCAAUGGCUUUUCUUACGGCGAUUGUCGGUCUUGCAUGAAGCCUAUCACGGGUUUUGGGCUCUUGUGUCCAUAUUGCACAUGUUCUGUGCACUUCGACUGCUAUGACUACCCCGCUGGAAAUUUGGCCUCUGAAUAUGCGAUGGAAUCCGAUCCAAACACCCAGAAAAUCAUGAUGCAUCGAUUCUGCCAUGUCUUUCCGACAAAGAGAGCCUCUGAACUCGAGGUUGUCAGAAUCAAAUCUCAUACUUUUCGACAAGUGAACCUCUUCACGCUCUCGCUAUGCUGUAUCUGUUGCCAACCUCUUUGGGGUAUCAUCAUGCAAGCGUUGAUGUGCGACACUUGCGACCACUUUGUGCAUGCAGCUUGUAUCCGUACCAUCACAGAUGCCGAUCUCUCUUUUUGUGGUUCGUCAUCGCUUAAUUCCACACAUAUGACCAUUUCGUGGUCAACCUUGAAGCAGUCAUUUGCUGCUUACUAUCAUGACUUUAUUGUCCCCGCCGGCGAACUUAGGAAGCAUGGUUUCGAGGACUUAUCGAUUUGUCUAGAUACAUUAUGGGUCCAAUCGCAAAUCUUAGACAACGGGGUGGCUCUAGGUUCUAUUGUGAUUGACGAUGAUUCGAAGGAAUCUUCUGCACAGGGCAUCGACCCGAAGUCACUCCUGGGCACUUACGAGGAUGCCUUAUCAUCUGCUCAAAGUUCGAUUUCGGACAUAUUGGAUGAGUACCGUCGGGGGAAUCGUUUACAACCAUCCCAACACACUCUCUUGUACGACUGGCCGACACUUGUUUUCAUAGCUUCUACAAUCAAGACUCCUCAUGAAAAUCUCAGGCCCUCCCCAAGUAACUCAUUUGACCUCCUGGCCGCGCAACCUCUUCUAGUCACUACACAUGAUGGCCCAACCCACCCACACGAAGUCCUGUCGCUGGCGCACCUACGCGACGCUUUAGGUAUCGCAUUCCAGUUGCAUUCGGAUGUAGCUGCACGGAUUAUUCUUUGUCACCUGCAUCACCUUGGGUUUUAUCAGCGGUUGGACAUGCGAUCAGAGUUGUUUGGUGAGAGACCUGAUGAAGGCACAGCACUAUGCAGUUUUCCGUUGCCAUUAGGUCUUGAUCUCUCGGCGGAUGUUGAAACCCUUAUGGCCGCCAUUGAAGCGUGUCUAUCUGACGCCGAUCUGUCUAUCAACGAAGCUGGCCUCUUGUUACUUGUAAGGAGAUUUUGGCCGAGUGAAAUGGCUACAGAGUACGCUUUACGGAGGCUCACCAGAGGAUUACUUUCAUGGAUUUUUGCGGAGGGUGAAACGAUUGAGACUGUUCUUCGAGAUUACGCUAGUAAUCGAAGUGACCCUCCUGGCGUGCGUUCGGUAGCUGGGGUUCAACCUUGGCCUAGUUCGCAUUCACGAUCAGCGCACAGCAAUUCUACUGGAAACGGUGGCGAAUACGUGGAUCAUAGACGGACGCUCCUUAGCAAGUAUGUCGCGAGGUGGAUGCUUGCCCUUCAUGACCAAGACCCUAUCUUCUAUUCAGAAGUGCUUCAUGAGACUGUACUGGAACUUACGGAAGGGGUCGAUGUUACGAACAGCGAUGGUCACAACGCUACGGCAGACCUGGAACAACAGGGACAAGUAGACGUUGCCGAUAAGUGCUUGCAACGUAUCAUUCGCCUCUGUCAAGCCGCUAUCGUUUUCACUGCAUUCGACGACCUGUUCAUGAAAUGGCUCGAAUUCACGUGUACGAUAUGGCAUUUGCAUAAACCUGUUCCUGCCUUGCAGCGCCUCUUCUCUCGCGAAGGAGAUAUCAGCGCAAGGUUCAGUGUGGUGGCUGAGCCUACUACAACCAUCACAGAUCCCAGCGCUCUCAUCGGCAUCGAUCCGUGGAACACAUUUACGAGGCUAACAACCAACGAAGAGAACCUACUACGUGGACUACAGUGGUUGUGCAUGUUUGCACGAUCCGGCGUUGAUAUUCCCGUGACAGUUUUCCGACGCUUUACCUCCUUCGCAAAUCGCUUCAAACUAUCGGUUGCAGAUUCUACACAUCUCGCAAGAGCAGUGUUGUACUCUGUUUGGCUGAAAUCGCGAGGACGCCAAGACCUGCUGAGCAUCAUCGUGACUCUUCACCAGCGUUCAUCAUCAGAAAUACUUACCGCACUUACAAACAAGACUACGGUCCACGAUGUCAAUAUCUUUAUUCGACAAUCCUUGGCCGCUUUUCUCCUGCUGGCAGGAUGCGAUAGAAAGAAGUUAACAGACGCUGGUCUCAUUACUAAUGAUGAGAAUAACGAGCUGCCAUCAAGGAGAAAGUUAUCCACCCGAGCCUCGCUAGUUUCAGACCCCAUUCACAUCGAUGUAGAGUUCAUUACUGUUCUAGGAAGCUACGUGGACGAGGAUAAUGAGGAUACUAGUCGUCUUCUCGCCAAGUUCUUCAGUUUGUUCGUCAACGAUUGCUCGCUCUUAGAAUCUCACGAAGUGGACAAUUUUAUCCUACGCAACUCCGCUGUGUUAUCUUCAUGUGUCUGGAAAUUUUACGAGAUUCAGCACCAUGAGUUGGCAGUCGUACGUCCAAAUCUUAUGUUACGCGUGUUAGUUGUCUAUACGCAACCAUUCGAAAUCAUACUGGUGAAUUCGCUCCAGUUCAGCGUACCUUGGGAGUUACGUCUCCAGGCCCUCAAGCGCUUGUUUCGGAUUAUCCUAGAUAUCGCAAACCCUGCUUUCAACCUUGAAGAUAGGCAAUGGCGUUCUAGCGCUGUCUGCAUAUUCUAUCACUACUUCACUUCGAUGUGGCAAGAUCCGCAGGAGGAAGUCAGAGUCGCAAUUGACACGUGGUCCCAUACUUUACUCCCGGUUCACUUUGAGGCUAUGUCCCGCUGCUGGAAUGAGUCGAUUGCGAAGGCACCCAUCUCAGAACGUGUGAAGCUUGUGGCCUUCUUGAUUCAACUUCACCCCCAUUUUCCUUGGUGGCCAGUUUUAACAUGGGAGACAAUCCUUGAGACCCUCCUUGAAGAUGACUACAUGCAGAAAAACGGCGAAGACGAAGACGGGCCUGCUUCCGCUCAUCUGUCGAUGUAUGGGGUAUCUCACAGGGAAUCUGAUGAUACAACGAUGACCGAUGAUUCUGACAUGGCUCUUCUGCGCGUUUCCAUCACGUUGCUCAGUUUAAAAAUGAUUGCGGCUGGUGUCCCCAUCGACAUAUUCUCUUUGCUCAAGUUAAAACUGCAAAUCCUACGCAUUGUGGGGUUCACUGAUGUUGCAACAGUGCCUUCUGCCAGUGGCCACAUGUUCAAUGUGUCUUUCAGAGACCUGGCGGCUGUACCUGCUGAUGCGUGGCCAUGUCUGGAGGAAAUGCGCCUUGUUCUGGAUGCGCCUCAUUCAUUCUCUCUGCCUCCUGCAGCAAUGGCGGGUGCUCGACCGACUGAUGAGGCUCAAUCAGCGCUGCUAAUCGGAUCCAUCUUUGUCGAUCUAUUGCUGGCCUUGCUUCUCGACAUCAAGGAUCUGUUUUCUUUGCCUUUCCUUACCAUCAAGAGCUUGUUCGAAUCUGUACUGAUCAUCAUAUAUAAACAUGAUAUGGAGAACGCCACUCUGAAGCAUCUGCAAGGUAGCCUUCGCAUGGUGAUUCGCCGCAUCAUCAACAUAUCGCUACAAAACGUCAGCUUUGAGCUUAGACAGCUUGGCCUCACAAUAUCUCAAGCAUAUAUCAAACGAUGGCCAACGUUUACGGGAAGCUAUGUGCUGGAAGCUACUGAGGUUGCUGCAGGGCUUAUCAUAGACCUGAGGUUCAACAAGGAAGAUGUUCUCGUGUCGCAAGCGUUAUCCUUCUUGGACACUUGUAUUUCAAUAUUCGGAGAAAGUGGACUCUUGAUCGCCUUAUGCAAGAGGGGUCAAUCAGACGCCUUCUUCGCGGUGCUACGUCUAGUCACUGGAAGCGAUAGGCGUGCUUCAUCAUCACACAGUACGAGAGAGAUUCUACUUCGCGAUGCAUUUUCUAGGGCCUUAGAGACAGAGGUCGAUGCAAUCAAGAUUGCGAUGCAAAAUCUCCAGAAGUAUGUUGACCUGGUGUUCAGUCAGGUCUACAGCGCGGAACUUAUGCAAUUCAUCGGAACCUCUCUUACAACGAUAAUCCGACGCGCAGCAGAGUGGUCACCUGAGAAAUUUGACCCUAGCCCUCUAAUCAGUAUCGCCGCUAUUCUUCUACAAAAGAACAAGGGGCAGAGCGGUGAAUUGCUCGUAUAUCUAGACAAUUUUUUGAGAGCGGCUUUGAUCAGAUUCAACGUAUCACAACAGAGUCUCGCUCAAAUACUCCAAGUGACGGCAAACCUGCGCAGCAUGACAAGACAGCAAGCGCCUGCAGUCAACAGUCAAGAUCCUUCCAGCGGUGUGAUAGCAGCUGUAUUCGAUAUUCUUUCCGAAGGAUUGCGCAGGAAGACCCGCGUUCCUCUACUGACACUCUCUUCCCUGUCGGAGGCCAUAUCAUCGACAUUUUUCUUUGGCUCCUCUGGUUAUCAAAGCGAGUGGCGUGGAGCAUUCAACAACUUGGCGAACGACGGGACCGCUUACCUGCAAACAUAUGGGGGCCAAGAUGGUCAAGUCGACGUCGAGUUCACUGCCUCGUUGUCCAUUGCCAAAAUGAUCAUGCACAGCACAAAAUACAACCAGGAAACCCUUCAUCGACUUAUACUAGAAUAUAGUUCAGAGAACUCAGGCCGUCACUUUAUGAACACGCGCGGCUGGAACAUUCUCGUUCUUGCAGCUUUGAAUCACACCAGUGCUAUUCCAGGAUCAGUGCUUAUGUCCCAUUUCUCUGCCUUUGUUUACACUUACUGCGACUCGUUGGCCUCUCUCGUUCCGGGUGCCCUUGAGACCACAAAUGCAGCUGCAACUAUCAAUCAUGGAUAUGCUGCUAUCAAAUUGUGGCUGUUACUUGAGAGAAAGCUGUCUACUACUAGCCGAGCCGGAGGGGAAGAUGCUCUCAUUCAAGUCCUUGCUAACAAUGUUUCCUCAUCCCGCAUGAUAUGGAAUGAACUAUGGCCGCCGUUCGAAAACAUCAUUCCCACCUACGUCGUGGAAGGUCAGACAUCGCCACUAGCAAGCUUGAUCUCCUCAUCCGCUGCCGACUUAUUCCUCUUCCUACGACAUUCUCGGUCGGUCAUAGGUCUAGAUACUGCAUCGCAAGCAGCAACCUUGGCUAGACUGCAAAUAUCUGGACGUACAGAAACUCCAAACAGCAAGCUUGCACGCGCCCUGCGAAGUCUGACAGAGCCUUCUCCGGCUGUUCCAUGGGAGGUUCUCGUGGAGCAAGCUACAAAUGACGUGUUAGCGGCAGAGAAACUCCAAGCAUCGGAAAUCAAACGACGGGAGAUUGGAAAAAACAACGGAGACAGACGGCGAGACUCACGAGUGGUUAGUUGA